AUGGCGAGCAACUACGACUUCGAUGAUGCUCCGGCGAACUACGACGACGUUCAGCGGCAGGGCGGCCAGGACACUGUCUACGACCCGAACUUUGUGCCGGAUUCCGUGAAAUCGUUCGUGGUUCACAUGUACAGACACAUUAGGGAGAAGAACGUCUACGAGAUCCACCAGAUGUGUGAGACUUCUUUUCAGACCUUAUCGGAGAGGCUGUUCAAGGACACGCCAUGGCCUUCUGUGGAAGCCAUUGCUCCUUUUGUAGACAAUGAUCAUGUUUUCUGCCUUCUCUACCGCGAGAUGUGGUUCCGGCACUUGUACGCGAGGUUGUCGCCUACGCUGAAGCAGAGGAUUGAUUCCUAUGAUAACUAUUGCAGCUUAUUUCAGGUGGUGCUGCACGGCGUGGUGAACAUGCAGUUACCGAACCAGUGGUUGUGGGAUAUGGUGGAUGAGUUUGUCUAUCAGUUCCAAAGUUUCUGUCAGUACAGAGCCAAGAUGAAGAACAAAACCGAGCAGGAAAUUGCAUUGCUGAAACAGAAUGAGAAGGCGUGGAAUGUGUAUGGGGUGCUCAACUUCUUGCAAGCACUUGUGGAAAAGUCUAACAUCAUCCAAAUUCUGGAGCAAGAGAAGGAAGGACUUGAACAGUUCACUGCCACUGACGGGUACGAUUACAGUGGUGGAAGCAACGUGUUGAAGGUCCUAGGUUACUUCAGCAUGGUCGGUCUGCUGCGUGUUCACUGCCUCCUGGGUGAUUACCAUACCGGUCUGAAAUGGUUGCAGCCCGUUGACAUCAGCCAGCAAGGUGUUUACACCAGUGUUAUUGGAUGCCAUAUCGCAACCAUAUAUCACUAUGGAUUUGCCAACCUUAUGCUGCGAAGGUAUGUUGAUGCCGUUCGUGAAUUCAACAAGAUUCUCCUCUACAUUUACAAGACAAAGCAAUACCACCAAAAAUCACCGCAGUAUGAGCAACUACUGAAGAAGAAUGAGCAAAUGUAUGCAUUACUUGCGGUUUGCCUCUCGCUCUGCCCUCAAACAAAACUUGUUGAUGAGUCUGUCAACUCUCAAUUGCGAGAAAAGUAUGGCGAGAAGAUGCUGAGGAUGCAGAGGUACGAUGAUGAAGCAUUUGGUAUUUAUGAUGAGCUCUUCUCUUACGCGUGCCCCAAGUUCAUCACCCCUUCGGCUCCAAGUUUCGAGGAACCUCUAGUCAACUACAAUCAGGAUGCAUACAGGCUUCAGUUGAAGAUGUUCCUUUACGAGGUAAAGCAGCAGCAGCUGUUGUCUGGAGUGAGGACGUUCCUGAAAGUAUACUCCUCCAUUUCUCUUACUAAGCUCGCUAACUACAUGGAAGUUGAUGAACCUACUCUAAGGACCAUAUUGUUAACAUACAAGCACAAGACUCACUCAGUUGACUCUGAUGGGAGGAUCGUCUCCAAUGCAGACAUUGAUUUCUACAUCAACAAUGACAUGAUCUAUGUAGUGGAAUCAAAACCCGCAAAACAUUAUGGCGACUUCUUCUUGCGGCAAAUUGCCAAGCUUGAAGGUGUGAUAAACGACAUCGACCGCACCAAGCUGGAAUGA